AAAGGUUAAGCUGUAGGUGUUAUUGAACGUUCACCCUGUUCUUUUGUGAUCACAUGUCAAGUUGAAGUUUAACCAGCAACAAAAGAUCAACAAGCUACAGUCCUGUGUACUGAGUAUUCUAUUGGUUGAAUCCUGCAACCAGUCAAUGUCAUUAACCUCCCUUUUUGAUUACUCAUGCACAAUAACAAGCACACGCCGUAACGGCUGGUCUGUACAUGUGACUGCGUAAUGAACGUCACACGUUGGAGUACUGCUCGGUUUUUUUCCCUGAGCUUGAACUCUUAUCAGGGAAAAAACACUGCCCUUCAGAGGAAUUAGCUGUCCCUUAUCAGCCUCACACUGCUACCUGAAAGACGCCAUCCCAUUGGCCGAACCCGUUGUGUCCUGUCAGCUGACUGGAUGAACCCAGUGCACAUCCUGCAAAGAAUAGCCUCCAGAAGAAGGAUGACAAAGUUUAUGACAGCGUUGCACAAUCGCCACUGGCGUCUGAUAGCAGUGUACCGUACUAGUAUUUACCGCUGGGAGGGUUACACCAGUGUGAUUAGGUGGGUCAUAUCUGAGAUUGGAUUCAGGAUGGCAGGGUGGCAAUAUUAUCAUAAUCUGAGGGAGGAGAAAAAUGGUCCCAUUGGAGUAUCAUGAAGCUGGUAGUGGUGCUCCACUAACGGCAAUGAAAAGACAGAGUUCCUGGGGGGGCAGGGAGCUCCUGGGAAGCCACACAGAGGACAUCACAGACUACAGUGAACAGGAUGAGUCCUCAUCUCUGAGGUCGUCUUGGUCCCUGUUAUUGGAAUCCAGAGCUACAAAAAUACAGGCGGACACCAUGAACUACGUGGGCCAGCUGGCAGGUCAGGUGCUGGUCACCGUCAAAGAACUGUAUAAGGGCAUUAAUCAGGCCACGCUGUCAGGCUGCAUCGAUGUUGUGGUUGUCCGCCAGAGAGAUGGCACCUACCAGUGCUCACCAUUCCAUGUACGAUUUGGCAAGCUGGGUGUACUGCGCUCCAAAGAGAAAGUGAUCGACAUUGAGGUGAAUGGAGAGCCAGUAGACCUGCACAUGAAGCUUGGCGACAAUGGAGAGGCCUUUUUCGUACAGGAAGCUGAGCAGCAGAAUCAGAUUGUCCCUGCUCACCUAGCCACCUCUCCAAUCCCCACCGAGAGCCACUUGUUCUGGAUCUCAGAGGUUGAGCACAGGGCAGCAAAAGAUCUGGAGGAUGACCCCGCUGACCCAGAGGACCCGCCUGAGCCUCCCGCACCAAGCACCGUGGCCACAAAAAAGAAGAAGAGACGGAGGAAGAAGCACAAAGGAGAUCCCCGAAGAGAAGAGCUGACCCCGCCCAUGUCACUCACUACUGGUAAUGCUAUUGCUGCUACUGCAUCUGCUGCUACGACUGCUGCUACGGCUGCUGCUAUGUCCAGCACUGGGCAGAAUGAUGAGAUUUUUGAGAUGGACCUCAGCUCGGAUGAGGAAGCUGCAGCCCGUGUCUCAAGGUCACCCUCAGUGACCACAAUGCGAGACAUUGACCCCAAAUUACCCGCAGCCAGACAUAACCUUGAAGGUUAUCCACUGUCUGAUGGAGACUGGCCAGCAGACGACAGUCAUGGCUUGUCGCAGGCCUUUUCUCCAAAGAGUGACUCUGAACUGGUGGUCAGGCCCUCGGAGAGUCUGCUUAGAGCUGAGUCACACAUGCAGUGGACUUGGGGAGAGUUUCCAGAAACAGCCAGGGUCACCAAAAAGGAGAAAUCAGAACCACUAAAAACAGUGACCAUCACCCCAUCGGAGAACACUCACUUCCGCGUCAUCCUCAGCUCUGAGGCCAUGGAGAACGAGACUGAUGUUGGAAAGGAAGAUGGUGCCUCCUCCUCCUCAGUGUGUACCAUAGUCAAGCCGGAGCCCCGCACUCCUAUCACCACUGUAACACCAGUGAAUCCUCUCGCAUCAGUCAGCACUCUAACCUCUGUGAGUCCCAUAACAUCCACAGAGCCUCUGGAUGUGCUGCCAACCAGUGUGGCAACCUCCACCCCUUCCAACAGCCAACAGAGUGAUUCACCCUCGAAGAAGAAAGGUGUUCCAAAGAGGAGCCAGCAUCAAGGUCCUGAGGAUAUCUACCUAGAUGACCUGAAUGUACUUGAACCUGAUGUUGCUGCACGAUAUUUUCCCAAGAGUGAGUCUGAGGCAGUGACUAAACACUGGAUGGACUCAGGGAUGCACUCUGGUUCACAGUCUCCACAGUCAGUGGGCAGUGCAGCAGCUGACAGCGGGACUGAGUGUCUCUCUGACUCAGCUAGUGACCUCCCUGACGUCACUCUUUCUCUGUGUGGAGGCCUCACAGAAAGUGCUGAAAUAUCCAAAGAAAGGUUCAUGGAGCAUAUCAUCACCUAUCAUGAAUUUGCUGAAAACCCAGCAAUUAUAGAUAACCCCAACCUGGUAGUAAAGAUAGGAAAUAGAUAUUACAAUUGGACACUAGCUGCACCCUUGAUUCUAAGUCUGCAAGCAUUUCAGAAGAAUUUACCAAAGGCUACAGAGGAGGCCUGGGUGAAGGAGAAAAUGCCAAAGAAGUCAGGUCGCUGGUGGUUCUGGAGAAAAAGGGCGGAUAGUACAAUCAAGCAGUCGGAGGCCAAGCUUGAAACUAAGGAGGAGUCUCAUCUGGAGGAAGAAGGACCCUCCAUAACUCAGGAGAAACUGCCCCUGCCGCCUAAAACAGGAGACUCCUCCAGUGAUGAAGAAGCCAAGGAGGUGAGCGCUGCAUCCUGUCAGGAGAGACUGCAGCCAGGAGAUGGUCAGCACCACUCCAGCCCGCACGCUUACAGGAAGUCACUACGCCUCUCAUCUGAUCAGAUAGCCAGUCUGAAACUGAAGGAGGGACCCAAUGAUGUGACGUUCAGCAUCACCACCCAGUACCAGGGCACAUGCCGCUGCGAGGGCACCAUUUACCUGUGGAACUGGGACGACAAAGUCAUCAUCUCCGAUAUUGAUGGCACCAUCACUAAGUCAGAUGUGUUUGGACAAAUCCUACCACAGUUGGGGAAAGACUGGACCCACCAGGGCAUUGCCAAACUCUACCACUCAGUAGCUGAGAACGGCUACAAGUUCUUGUACUGUUCAGCGCGGGCUAUUGGCAUGGCGGACAUGACAAGAGGUUACCUGCAGUGGGUCAAUGAUGGGGGCACCAUCCUACCCCGUGGACCUCUCAUGCUGUCUCCCAGCAGCCUCUUCUCUGCCUUCCACAGGGAGGUGAUUGAGAAGAAACCAGAGAUCUUCAAGAUUGAAUGCCUUACAGACAUCAAGAACCUGUUCCAGCAUAACAAGCAGCCAUUCUACGCUGCCUUUGGGAAUAGAACUAAUGACGUUUUUGCCUAUAAGGAGGUGGGAGUUCCAGUGUGUAGGAUCUUCACAGUGAACCCAAAAGGAGAACUGAUCCAGGAGCAGACCAAGGGAAACAAGUCCUCUUACAGCAGGCUCAGUGAGCUGGUGGAGCAUGUGUUCCCUCUGUUGAGUAAAGAGCAGAACGAGGCCUUUGUCAUGCCGGAGUACAGCUCUUUCUGCUACUGGAGGCAGCCCAUACCAUUAAUCAACCCUGAUGAGCUGCUCUGAUCCAGCGCAUAUGGAUACUCAGGUAUUCAUAUAGAUGCAGUUGGGCUGUGCACUUGGAUGCAUCUCCAGUAAACAAAUGGACUGAACCCCAGACUUUCCUUGUGUAGAGUACUCAGACCUGCGCACAAACAUCUCUACAGUGAGCGUCACACAGUAACAGGGCUAUGGCCAUAAACACAAAGAAGUUAGUAAACUGUAAUUAGCCAUUGAAGUGAUUUAGAAGCUGCAGAAGAAGAACCAGAACAGUAAAUCCUGGUGAAUCAUCCCUAAAAAUUUUCUUCCCUGAGAGAGUAAAGACUUACCGCCAGCUAAACUAUCAUCUUUCCUCAUGCCUGCGGAGGAUGAUCUGCAUUUGCCAUCAGGGAAGGGACUGAAACCCCACACGAGGCAUCAGCCCAUCAGCAACAGAGUCUGAGCUGUGCAGACGGAGAAGACAUUGUUUUCUCGAUGCACUUUAGUCAGAUUUUCUGAAAGCCCCGAAGGAGCAAAAUAAAAUGUUCAAAGUGAAAAAGUACAUACUGUUAAUUAAUACGGCGCAGGCAGUGUACACUGUCCAAUAGUCGUGGGCUGGUAUUUUGCUGUGGCUGCUGUUUACCUACACGCAGGUAUCCAGCCUUUAUUUUGUGGCUUUCUUCUGUUCUAAAACAUCAAAUGAAACAGUGAGAGUUGCUGGCAAAUAACUACUGUGCCACAUACAAACCGUACACAGUAGUUGAUUUCCAGAAAGCUACUGUAUGUGUUGAGUUUUCUUCCCGACUCUCUUGAUCUUGGACUGACUGUAGUCAUUAGUUUAUGGUUGGUGGAACUGAUUUCAGAUUGUUCUUCCCUGGAGAGCUUAAAAUGUUUGCGCUGAAUGAGUCAUGUUUGGUAUUGCUAUUAUUCAAGGGCACAACAGGGACAUACAUUUGCCAACAAGUAUGUGAAGAUACACAGUCACAUGUGACUUAAAAACAAAAUGAAGCAGCUUCAUGGCAUUUUGUCUUGGUGUUAUUUUAUUAUGUUUAUUCUGUUAUAGGAGCUCCUGCGAGCCAAGUGGGUUCUGUUAACAAUGCAGUUAUUAUUUAUGGUAAUUGAUCCGUUAUCCGUUAAGUUAUUGAUUUCUAUCGUGAUGCCUUUGCUUGUCUGGAAAAAGUAAUUUGUCACCAAUGCAAUGUUGAAGUACUUCAAACUUUUUUUGUAUAGUUGUUCGCAGGUUAAAAUGCACUAAACACUAACUACUAGGCCUUGUACGAUCUUUUCUUUUCUUUAAGUUGUGUACCCUGUUUUCAGACCGAUGUGUAUUCCUUGUUUUACAGUGAAACCUUCGACACACAUGUUCCUUAGUGAACCUCAGAAUCUGCAGCUUUAGUAUUGAACUAUGUGUGUAAAUGGAAAAGAUGACGCUUGAGUUGAAACGGAGGAAAUAAGCAGAUCUGGAGAAGGAGCUUAAAGUGAAGGAUUUCCUUUUGCGACGUCUUCUGUAGGAUGACUUUGGGGUGAUGUGUGUGUGUGCGCACACCUAAUCACUGAGUGCUGCUGCUGUUGUGGGUGACAGGAUCAUUCACCCUUUGCUCGUGUUCCCUCAGUGGCUUUACUGAGACUCAUCCAACGCACUUUGUCUAAGCUGCACCCAGAGACGCAACUCACCUCCCCGCCCACGUGCACUUCCCCGAAGGUCUUCAUAGACAAAAGACAAGAGUUUGCAAUUAUUGCAGGAUAAAGAGUUUUAGUUUUACUUCUUUGUUCUGCGAGUGACCUUCUGACACCACAGACGUAUCGUAUACCCUGAUAAAUGUCAGUUAAAGUAAUUGUUGAAAGGAGACUUGUGUUUGUAGGUUGCAAGGAAAAAUUUGAUGAUUCAGAAACAAAAUAAAUAUGUGUGUGUGUGUGUGUGUGUGUGUGUGUGUGAGUGUGAGAGAGAGAAAGACAGAGCGGGAUCCAGAAAAAAGACUGAUCCCCUCUCUGUGUUGACCAGAGGAAGAGCCACUGGUUUUGUUUGGAGAUAAACAGGAAAUACUUGACAGUGAGCAGGAAGCUCUUUGAAGCGCUUCACUGGCAUUACGUGCGUGCGCGUUGUAGGAAAAAGCUUGUGGGCAGACGUGCCACUCCGAAGACGUGGAUCAUACCUCCUGCACAAGCGUGACAGUAACGUGCUAAUAUGUGCUAGCGUGGGGUAAAAAUCAGAAAUGAGCAGCAGUGAGACCUGACAGACAGAACCAUUUAAUAAUGAAGAAAAGCACAACUGGCGUUAAUGGGCACAUCCGCUAUUAGUCGACAUCAUUUGCCCGAAGUGUUUCCGCGUUCACUCUGUAGCUCAGAUGUUUUUGUGACGUGUUCUGCCUUGUUUUUUCUUCUUUUUUUUUUCUUGUUUUGCGUGAAGUUUGGUGAAGUCAAAUAGAUUUAUCUUAUUAUUAACAAAAUGAAUUCCAUUCUUUCUAUGAAAGUAAAGUAUCUUGUGUGGAAGAAUCACACUUCAUCCUCUAUGAUCCUGGGAUACGUGGUAUAUAAUAUUGUAAUAUUGUUCGCUCUCACUCUACUGCUGUGGAAAAUGAUCCAGUGUAUGUGCUGAUCAUCACAUUCUCCUGUCUCUGAUGCCUUUUGUUUUAUUGUUUCUUAUAAAGUGUACGAUCUUUUGUGGGAUGACGUUUGUUUCAUUCUGCUUGCUCUCUGAUUUGCGUCUGACCAACAGAAAUACCUUAAUUGUAUGCUGUGUUUGAUUUGUAUAGAAAUGUGGUUUAAAGUAUGUUUAAUGAACAAAAAUACAUUGUAAGAAGGAAAAAAAAAUAUACAGGCCUAAUGAAGCUAACAAAGUGUAGCUUGUGGACAUAUUUGUAUUCAAUAAAGUUUCUAACUGAA